UUGAAACAUUUCAGUGUGGUUUAUUUUAUUUAUUAUUAUUCUAUAGGACAAGGGGAAAUACCUAAUAAUCUAAACUUGAAACACCUAAAGCAACCCAUUGUUUUUAAAAUAGAGAUGAUAAAUAAAUAUCAUUUAUUUAAUCUAGUGUUCUAGUCAUAGACUUAGAAAUAUUGUAAUUAUAACCAAAGAAGUAUAAAAAUAAUGUUUCAAACAACCUUUAAGGUUUUAAGGACAAACUUCUGGAGGAAACAUUUAAAAACUCAUAUAAUAUUUAAUAAAACAUUGCAUAGAAGUCGUAAUUACAGUGGUUUAGCUGCUUUACACUAUAACAGAAGUAGUGUACAACAUUUUAAAAGCACAGAAUCCACUUGCUUAUGUUUAAGUAGGUUAUUUGUAUAUGCAAAAUGCACGUAUUCCUCAGGAAAUAUAUUAAGUGGAGAUGUAACAGAGUUACAGAAAACACAGCAUGAAAGAGAGCUCAAACAAAUUGUUGAAUUGUUCCCACAACCUCGAGUAACACUGAAUGAGCUAACUUCGAAAACACCACAGAAAAUCUUUGAAAUACAUUAUAAACAGAUUUCCUCAGCACCUAAAGGUCGGAGAAAAGCAGCUGUGAACAAUGAUUGGAUCUGCACAUACUCCUUCAUUUGGCCAGAGAAAAUGAAAUUUGAAAGUACAGCAAUAUCAAAACGCCAAGCAGCAGAAAAAGCCGCUACACAAGCUUUACACUGGUUGUAUUACAACAAGAGAAUAGACAAAAAAGGCUCGCCCAUAUAUGAUGAGGUUGUUCUAGAUGAGUUGAAGACUAACCUCAAUGAAGCCAUUCAUAUAUCAAUAAGUGACAAUUCUGUGGAACGGAUCGAUAGAAUUUGGAAAGAUUAUGAAGAAGGCAUAAAGGGCAUAUACGAGACUACAAUUAAAAAGGCUAAGCACUAUACCACACAGUCACCUAUGGUUUUAACUAGAGAUUCAACAAUUGAUGAAGAUGAUUUCUCUGCAGAUGAAUCAGGAAUAGGAAGUGAUAAUGAAAUAGCUACCAUGUCAGAGUUGAAAGUCCAGACGCAUCCCGUGUACGGCAAGACUAUAAGUCCACCAUCAGCAGCAACGUUGGCGCGAAGAGAACAAGCUUUGCGACAGAAAUUUGAACACUACGACGAAGCGUUGACUCCUCUACCAAUCGAUGAAUACUCAGACAAAAUAAUAUCUGCAAUAGAAAACGCUCAAGUGACAGUGAUAGUGGGUGCCGCUGGUUGUGGCAAGUCUACGAGAGCUCCCGCCGCUGUACUGAGGCAUUGGGGCGCUAAAACCACCGCCAUUGUGUCUGAACCUCGAAGGGUAGCGGCUAUUGGCCUGGCUGAGAGGGUAGCCAGCGAGCUGGGUGAAGAUGUUGGUGAAUCAAUAGGAUAUCAUGUUCGUUUAUACACGAAGCCCCCAAGACCGCCUGGUGGCUCUGUCCUGUACUGUACUUCUGGUGUGCUCCUCAAGAGACUGCAAGCGAAUCCAGGUUUAGAAGGCUGUUCCCACGUGUUCAUCGAUGAAGCUCACGAACGAGAUGUCAAUACAGAUCUGACGCUGCUACUCCUCAAGAGAGCUGUGGACAUCAAUCCACAGUUAAAGGUUGUCAUCAUGAGCGCCACUCUCGACACUGAAGUGUUCACCAGAUAUUUCGCCUCAUGUCCAGUAGUCGAUGUACCAGGGCGCACGUUUCCAGUAGAAGUGUUCAAUUUAGAAGAUGUACAGAAGAAAUUUGGUUUAAGAUUACAAAAUACUCUUGAAAACUGCAAAAAAGAAGAAGGAAAGCCAAUGGUUAAUUGUCAAGAGGUGGCAGAAGUAAUAAAAUCGGUCGACAAGACACAAGGUGAAGGAGCAAUACUAGUGUUUCUGCCUGGCUGGGCUGAGAUAAAACUGACUAAACAAAUACUUGACGAGUAUUACGGACGGUCCAAUCUGCAUAUGAUACUGCCGGUUCAUUCAAGAUUGUCAACGACAGAACAAACAAAAAUGUUUGCGAAGCCACCUCCUGGGAUCCGCAAAGUGGUGCUAGCUACCAACAUAGCAGAAACGUCGAUCACCAUACCGGAUAUUGUGUAUGUUAUCGAUAGUGGAGCGCAUAAGGAGAACAGAAUUAGAGAAGGCACUGGUACAGCCAGUCUGGAAACAGUAUGGGUAUCACAAGCUAGCGCCAAGCAGAGGAGCGGUCGCGCAGGAAGAGUACAGCCUGGUUACUGCUAUAGACUUUACACAAAAGAAAAAGAAGCCGACCUCGCUCCUCACACCACUCCAGAAAUACUGCGAAUACCAUUAGAACAAACAGUAUUGGAUUGUAAGACCUACGCCCCAGAUGAUAAGAUUGAGGAUUUCUUAUCACAACUCCCAGAGCCACCGACCAAGAAGGCGAUACAGUUUGCUGUUAAAGAUCUUGUAGAUUUAGGUGCCCUGACCCCUUCUGAGCAUGUGACUCGGCUAGGCAAUCUAUUAUCAACACUUGGUCUUCAUCCACGGCUGGGCUGCAGUCUGUUGCACGGGUCGGUCAUUGGUUGCCUGGUUGCGGCCGCUAACGUACUCACACACUGCAGUGACAACGUGGAGCUGUUCAGGAAUGCUGCUGAUAGGAGAGAAGAAAUUCGGGAAAUAAAAUCGAAAUUCAGCGAUACGUCCGACCACGCCGUUUUGCAUAGUAUUCAGGACGAGUUCGAAUAUACGGCGGAAGAAAACGGCUGUAGGGGAGUCGACGAGUGGUGCGACAAAUACGGAUUGAGGAAGGACAGAUUGAGCUAUGUGAAAUCACUAUCAAAUCUUCACCUGGAACAACUACUAAAAUCCGGUUUCGUAGGACCAAAUCCCGAUCUGCAGGAGUUGAAUCGGUUCACGUACAUCGAUGAACUGAUGAUCGCUGUAUUACUGUCAGGAACCAAUUCCAUAUUGAGGACAAGAAAACAAGUUCGAACUAAAGGGAAGCUGAAAACAGCUGUUAGCUUAUUUACUAGUAAAGGUGACAGGGCACACAUAGGUGGUGAAAGUGUUAACUACGGCAUAACGAAACGCACAAACAAGACUCAGCUGCUGGCUUUCUUUGGAGGAUACCACUCAGUAGAGAGGCGAGCUCUGGUUGUACAUAAAACAUCUCUAAUAACGCCACAUGCGGCACUUUUGUUCUGUAAAGAAGAGUUAAAGAAGGAGACGGUAAACAACAAUGACGAAGACGUAACUACACUCAGUUUGCCAAGACAUAGGCUACAGGUUCAAAUACCAACCAGUCAAGCUGAUCAUAUAUUGAAGGCAAAGGAAAUGCUCUGGACGACGUUCCAAUACUACAUCGAUAGAGAUCUUAAAAAUGUAGAUUAUGAAGAAACGGUAGAUGUAUCUAGGUUCAAAAUCAGACUAAUUAAAGCUAUAGGAAGGAUUUUAGUCGAAGCUCACAGAGAAUAUAUUCAGGGGAAGACGAAAGAAGAGAAUAUAGAGGAAUUUAGAUAGAAAAUAAAUUAGUAUCGAAAUUGAGAAAGAGAAUAUAGUAAGAGAUUCAGCAGCUAUGCUAAAAAAAUCAGAUGUAAUCUGGAUGGGUAAUCACACUGAAUAUUUUACAGUGCAGUCCAAUUCUGAUGAUUCUUUUUUGAUAAGAGUUGUAGAAUAAGACGCAAUAUUAAAUAUUGCUGUGAUUAUGUAGUAGUAAAUGUUAGUAGCAUUAAGCCCGCCUUUUCUAGUAAAUUUAGAUCAAUAAUUAUUUAUUACAGUAAAACUGUAUUACAUCUAAAACAUAUGUCCGUUUGUGUUAGCAUUACUCUGUAACUGCUGGACUCAUUUACUGGACUGGUUUUACUCAUAUGGAAUUAUUACUCUGUUUUUAAUUGUAAAGAGUAAAAUCUAUACGCGUAUCUCCUUUGUUCUAAUUGUAGCGGGUUGGAAUCUUCGAACUAUGUAAACAUUUGUAGUCAUGAUGAU